AUGGCCAUCGACCUCGGCUACGGCAAGCAUGUCUGGCAAAUUCCCUUUCGAAACCUCAACGACAUGUUCCUCAUCGGGCAGAUCACCGUCACGCUCGCCAUCUGCAGCCAAGCCUGGUCCAAGACCUCGUUUGCCAUCUCACUUCUCAUGAUCCACGAUGGCAUACACGGCAAGACCAGGGUGUUUAUCUGGUUUGCCAUUGUGAGCAUGAACAUGCUGUUUGGCGUGUCGGCCAUGCUGUUUUGGGUUGGGUGCACGCCGCUGGAGAAGGCGUGGCAUCCGUUCAUGAGAGGGACUUGUUGGAGCCCGAAUGUGGUUAUCACUUAUGGAAUCUUUGCUAGUGCUUACUCUGGUGUGAUGGAUCUGGUUCUGGCUAUUAUUCCCUGGAAGAUUAUCAUGAACUUGCAGAUGCAGACAAGAGAGAAGAUUGGUGUGGCGUUGGCGAUGAGUAUGGGUGUUUUUGCUGCCGCGUCAGCUUUCAUCAAGUGUUCGUCACUGCCCGAGCUGGGAGGUCGUGAUUUUCCACACGACGGGGUCACACUCGUAAUAUGGGGUAAUGCCGAGGCAGCAGUCACCAUCAUGGCCGCAUCAGUGCCAAUGCUUCGUGCAUUGGUACGAACUGUCAGGCCUUCGCGACGAAGGAACUAUUACUCAAGCUACAGCCGUUCGAGACGGACUGAGCGGUCGUCCAGGAGGGUUUACUACAACAAACCAAGGCGAGACUUGGUGACCAUGACUGGGUCGACGUGGACACGUGGAUCGAGCAGCAGGACGUAGUGAGUUAAUGCGGUAGGUAUUGGUCUCAACGGUUUAGAUAUAUAGGCGUCAACGGUGUACACAUGGAGUUCAGGUCGGGUUCGUUUUGUCAGUUCGAGGUUUAUAAGAACGUCGACUUGUUUUUCGUUACGAAAGAA